AACCUUAGCCAUUAGAUUUAACAUUCCGCCACUUUAAUGUCCCUGUUGGUUACAAGCUCACGGAAAUAGAAUGAGGGAUUGCAGGAUGUGAAAUGAUUUUUUUUUAAUUGAAUUUGUUUGAUUUAAUUAAAAAAAUACUUUUAAUUAGGUUUUUUUUCUACUAUAUAUAUGUGUAUCUUCUUCUGUUUCAGUUCUUAGUCCUGAUUUAUUGUUGAUAAUACCAGUAUUUUUUCCAUCUGUACAGUCCAUCUAACCCUAGUAAUAUUUGAGUGAAAAGAAACAAUCAUGUAUAAGGUCGCAAAUGCAUCAGAAUAUCUGGUGAUCACUGGCAUAGGUAUCGAAGACAUAAAGCUUGCGAAGAAGGCAUGGGUACUCCCUGGUCAGUCUUACACCGUCUUCGAUGUCUCGCCUGUAAAUUACACGUUCGAAGUUCAAGCUAUGAGUGCCGAGAAGCUCCCUUUCGUCCUCCCUGCAGUCUUCACAAUUGGUCCCCGUGUGGAUGAUGAGGCCAGCCUCCUCAAGUAUGCCAAGCUAAUCUCUCCUCAUGACAAGCUCUCUAACCAUGUUAAAGAACUUGUACAAGGUAUCAUUGAAGGAGAAACAAGGGUCCUUGCUGCUUCAAUGACCAUGGAAGAGAUUUUCAAAGGAACCAAAGAGUUCAAACUCGAGGUUUUUGAGAGAGUCCAGCUUGAGCUCAACCAGUUUGGACUUUUGAUUUACAACGCUAAUGUUAAACAACUUGUGGAUGUGCCUGGACAUGAGUAUUUUUCGUACUUGGGUCAAAAGACUCAGAUGGAAGCGGCCAAUCAGGCCAAAGUGGAUGUGGCAGAGGCCAAAAUGAAGGGAGAGAUUGGGUCCAAGCUGAGGGAGGGGCAAACGCUUCAAAACGCUGCAAGAAUCGAUGCAGAGACGAAGAUUAUAUCAACACAGCGGCAAGGAGAGGGGCUGAAGGAAGAGAUAAGGGUAAAGACCGAGGUGAAGGUUUAUGAGAACCAAAGGGAAGCUGAGUUAGCUGAGGCAAAUGCAGAUCUGGCAAAAAAGAAGGCAGGUUGGGCUAAGGAGGCGCAAGUGGCGGAGGUGGAAGCAUCGAAGGCUGUUGCAUUGAGGGAAACUGAGUUGCAAAGGGAGGUGGAGAGGAUGAACGCUUUGACCAGGACCGAGAAGCUCAAGGCUGAGUAUCUUAGCCAAGCAAGUGUUGAGUACGAUACCAAGGUGCAAGAAGCAAAUUGGGAACUGUACCAGAAACAGAAACAAGCAGAGGCAAUUCUGUAUGAGAAGGAAAAAGAGGCGGCGGCGCAGAAGGCAAUUGCAGAUGCAACAUUCUAUGGUCGCCAAAGGGCUGCUGAUGUAGAAUUGUAUGCAAAACAAAAAGAGGCCGAAGGGCUUAUGGCACUUGCACAAGCCCAAGGUGUUUAUCUGCGAACACUGUUAGAUGCAUUAGGCGGCAACUAUGCUGCCCUAAGGGAUUACUUGAUGAUCAAUGGUGGAUUGUUUCAAGAGAUUGCUAAGAUCAACGCUGACGCCGUGCGGGGACUGCAACCUAGGAUUAGCAUUUGGACUAACGGUGGAGAAGCAAUGGAUGGUAAUGGUAAUAAUGCCAUGAAGGAGGUUGCUGGUGUUUAUCGAAUGUUGCCGCCAUUGUUUAAGACGGUUCAUGAGCAAACUGGGAUGCUACCUCCUCCAUGGAUGGGCACAUUAUCAGACUCAAAACAACCUACCAUCGAUUAAGACAAGCCUGUCAUCAAAUGUCAAUUCUAAGCAAACUUUGCCAUGCCUUUUUUUUUUUUUUGUUUCAAAAUAUAUAGUAUUUAAUUAUUUUGACUUUGUUUUACAUACGAAGUUAGUAAUUGUACGUAUAAUUGUACUUUUGGUUCUAUAAAUUAAUUUUAUUACUGCUUGUACCAAAUAUAAU